AUACAAUAUUCUAAAAAGUAACAAUCAAUAACAAAACAAGUCUUUGACAUCUUUCAUAAAACGUCAAAAGCACAUUUUUAAGAUGGAGCCACUUGCCAGUGUAUCUUUUACCUGUAUUGAUUGAUAUAUACAUAUAUAUAUAUUACUGAACCGAUAUAGAAUUUGGUAGCAAAAUUUACUUUUAAUUUUUAUGUGCUGUAAUAAAAUUAACAGCAUUGUUCUAAAAAGAAAGUAUUGGAAAGCAUAAAUUAUACAAUAAGUUGUCAAAAAUAGCUUUUUAUCGAUUUCCACGAUGACGGACGCUGUUUGCAGUGCACUUGGAAUUGACAGAGUCGAUUUGCGAGGAAAAUUGACUUUAAUUGAAGAACAACAUGGAAGCGAUGCUAACUUUCUUGUAAACACUUUCAUUUCAUCUUCUUUACAAAAAAGCCAAGGAAUAUGUCUCGUAUUGUUUCAUAAUAACUUCGGUCACUAUCAUAAUAUAGGUAUGAAAUUGGGUUACAAUUUAAAUGUUUUACGAGAAAGAGGUCAAGUUUCAGUUUUAGAACCCAUGAAGCUAAUAAGAAAAAAUAUUCACGAUCUUGGCCAUGACUCUGUGGAUGCUGCAAAUGCUGAAUUCGAUGAAACUAAUUCGGAGGAUGAUAUUAGUGGUCUCAGUAUUAUGGAACGUGGACCAACGAUUGUACGUAAAUUGAUUGAUCCAUUGAAGAAGCAAAUUUACGAAUUACUCAAAAAUCAAGAUUCUGUUAUGGUGAUUAUUGAUGAUUUGAGUCAUCUUUUUGAUCUUCAAAUGAAUAUCAGAGACGUGUGGUUUUUUGUGAGAUACAUAAGGAGUUUCGUUGAAUUCGAACAAUCGCUUUCAAUGUGCAUUUUAACACACACCUAUAAAGCUGAUCCUGAUUCUUGUCAACCGGAUCUUAUUGCAGUUGGUUUAAAACAUAUAGCACAAUUGAUUAUUGUUGUCGAACCUUUGAGUACCGGUCUUGCGAAAGAUGUGUCUGGAAAAAUGAAUGUUCGAUGGAAAAUGGAUUCUAUUAGAACAAAAUAUAAUUGGCCUGAGAAGCUUUCGUAUCUUUUCAAAUUGUUGGAUCGUCAAGUUAAAGUUUUCCCUCCCGGUAGUUCAACUCUUCUUUUCUAAAAAUUACGGUUAAUUAUGAAAAUAAUUUCCUGUUUUGAUUAAUGAAAGAACGAGUGACUAUUAAACAGGUAUUUUAAAAAAAUUAAAUCGUAUGCUGGAUCAGCGUAUAAGAAAUUAAAAGAAAUGCUUUUAUAAGAACUUUUGAGAUAAUUCGAGUUUUAAAGACUGCGAUAUUUUUGUAUAUAAUUAUUUUUAUAAUAAAUACUAAUGUUAAUACACUUUUAAUAUUAAUGUUUAAUAAAUACUUAUACAAUAAUAAA